AGCCUUCGAAACGAAAAACCAGCUUUGGCAACAUGAAGGUCAAGAUAGAGAGCUCAAGGAUCAUCAAACCUUGUUAUGAUGGUCCUCCUCCGUCGACCACCACCUGCAUUCCUCUUAGCCCUUUCGAUAACACGAACUAUGAUGGCCAAAUAGCGGUUAUCUACGCCUAUCGUCCCCCGACACCUCCCAACCUCACCGUCAAACUAGGGUUGCAAAAGGUUUUGUCGGCGUACAGAGAGUGGGCGGGAAGGUUGGGUAAGAACGAGGAAGGCGAUCCGGUCAUUGUCUUGAAUGACAAAGGGGUUCGGUUCGUCGAGGCAUCUGUCGAUGAUCCCGUCGACGAAUCGAUGCCCUCUAAGCCGUCGCCCGUUUUACUGACUCUUCACCCGCCCCUGAAGGGCGUGGAGGAGUUGGUCCAAGUUCAGCUUACCAGGUUCAGUUGUGGCUCGCUCGUGGUCGGGUUCAGCGCUCACCACCGCGUAGCCGACGGUCACGCCACUAGCAACUUCUUGGUUGCAUGGGGAAAGGCUUGCCGAGGACUCGAGAUGGGACCGCUUCCGACGCAUGACCGAACCAUAUUCGUUCCUCGAGAUCCGCCAAAGUCCGAUUUCCAGCACAAGGGGGCGGAGUACACAAGCAAGAAGCCAAACGAGAGCGAUGAUGAUUUUGAUGACAGCAUUCUCGCCGAAGAAGUUGUGAUUGACAAAGUCCAUUUUACGACGGAUUUUCUUGCCAAGCUCAAAUCUAGCGCUUCUUUGUCCCUUAAUGAGGAUAUAAGAAGUAUCGCACGUUCGAAUGGCCCAACACAGCCCAACAAAAUGUAUACCACGUUCGAGUGCCUGGUUGCUCAUCUAUGGAGAGGCAUAACUCGGGCUCGUGCAUUGAGUGGUUCCGAGACGACUCAGGUGAGAAUCGCCGUAGACGGCCGAAUGAGGCUGAACCCCAGAGUACCAAACAAUUAUUUCGGCAACUUGGUCCUUUGGGCUUUCCCGGAGGCUAAGGUCAAGGAUCUCUUGAACGAGCCGACGUCGUACGCGACGAAGGUCAUCCACGAGGCCGUUUCCAAGGUGGACGACCGUUACUUCAAGUCGUUCAUCGACUUCGCAAGCCAUGCGUUGAAGGGGGAAGAUCUCCAUCCCACGCAGAACAUAAACCCGUCCCCGGCCGAUCUGGAGGUGGAUAGCUGGCUGCGAUUUCCGUUCUACGACCUGGAUUUCGGCUGCGGGAGCCCUUACCUGUUCAUGCCCUUUUACUUCCCGACGGAGGGAAUCAUACUUCUUUCCCCUUCUUUUAAGGGCGAUGGAAGCAUAGAUGCGUUCAUACCACUUCACAAAGAUCACCUGGAGAGGUUUAAAGAUAGCUGCUAUACCCUCUAAACAGAUGAAGUCCUCGAGAGAAAAUAAAGUAUUUAUUUCACAUCAUGUGUUGGUGGGUCGUCCGUAGUAUAUGCUCUUUGCAUGGAAGCAUAUACGAGGUUGCUCGAUAGAAGUUGUGAUUUGUCCCC